AUGGCCGGCGGCAACCUCGAAGAGGGUUGGACGACGGUCCACAGACAGUUCCAGGGUCACCCCGAACGAUUGCCGCCCGCCCAGCGCGAGCUCCACGAGAGAACCCAGAUUAAGGAAUGGGAAUCAUCGGACGGUCACUGGAGUGGCAUAGGAAAGCACCCUACCGACUUCACCGAAUCGAAAAAGCUCCAUCACAAGAUCACCGUGCCUCAGGACAAUAGUUUAGGCUGGGGAACCUACGGUCGCGUCGAAAAGGUCACCCAUCGAACGGUCUGUCUGGCGCGAAAAUGGAUUCAGCCGAGGCGCGGUCGCACGAUAGAGAUCCUCCGCGAGGAGGCCCACGUCAUGGAAAGGCUGGACCACGACCACAUAGUCAAGCUGAUUGGCACCUAUACGUUUAGACAGCGGGAACUGUACCUGCUGAUAUGGCCAGUGGCCAUCUGCAACUUGGACGAAUUACUCACAGACCUCGACGAUUUAAGGAGCGGCCAAGGCGAUCGCGAGGACAUCACCAAGAGACUCAUGGCGCUAGGCCUUACCGACUUAAGCGCUAUCCAGGGCAGCGCCCGCGAUGCCGCCAACCCGGGCUCAAAGGGCAAAUGUCCUCUAAAGUUUCUCCAGCGCAUCAUGGGCUGCAUCGGCCAAGCUGUUACGUAUUGCCAUCAUUCCAACAUUCGCCAUCUCGAUCUCAAGCCUACGAACAUCCUGCUGAAUCCUGAGAGAGUCUACUUGGCCGACUUUGGUACCGCUCGGGAUGUGAACGACCAGGAAAAGACUACGACAACCGGCCAUCAGGGGACGCCAAAAUGGCGGGCCCCUGAGAUUUACGACUUGAAGGACUGGUCUAUGAAAUCUGCCGAUAUCUACUCCUUGGGCCUCGUCUACCUGAAUAUCGCCACAGCAGUGUACCACGGCAAUUUAUCAGCCUUCUAUACUGUGCUUGAAGACCUCGUCCCUCGCUCUCGUGCCGAAAAGCUCGAAAAGUUUCAAUAA